GGUUAGCAAGAUGCCGAAGGGAAACAACGCGAUACCCCACGUCCACCAGAGGAAGCACUGGAACCCGUGCUCCUCUCAAAAGGGCAAUGUGAAGGUCUUCUUUAACCAGCCGGCUCAGAAGCUUCGCCGUCGCCGUCAGCGUCUGCUGAAGGCUAAGAAGGUCUUCCCUCGUCCUCUGCGUUCUCUCCGCCCACAGGUGAACUGCCCUACGGCGCGGCACAACAUGAAGAAGCGUCUGGGCCGUGGGUUCACCCCCACAGAACUACGUGCGGCUGGGCUCAGCCCCCGCUAUGCCGCGACUAUCGGCAUUUGCGUGGACGCGCGGCGUAAGAACAAGUCCGAGGAGGGCAUGAACAUCAACGUCCAGCGCCUGAAGACGUACUUGAGCAAGCUGGUCUUGUUCCCGUUGAACCACAAGAAGCCGCAGAAGGGGGAUGCGUCUGAGGAGGACAUCAAGGCCGCUACGCAGGACCGAUCACGCUUUGGGGACGCCGCUGUGGGUUCAGUUCAGUACCCCACCGCUGAGAAGCCUCGCAAGGUCACCUCUGAGGAGCAAACAAAGAACGUAUUCAAAUUUCUCAAGAAGAAUCACUCUGCUGUACGCUUCUUCGGUGAACGCAAGGUACGCGCUGAUCGCAAGGCUGCCGCCAAGGAGUCUAAGAACUAAGACCAUUUGUUCUUUCCCUCUCUUCCUACCGUUCCAACAUUCUACUCAUUGGUUCUGAUUUUAUAAUUUUAAAAUAUUUACCUCUUUUUUUCUAAA